AUGGUUAAAGUAUUUGUAUUAGGUGCUACUGGUCUCAUUGGUCAAGAAGUAGCUACUCAGCUAAUAAGAAAGGGAUAUGAUGUCUAUGGUUUGGCUAGAACCCCUGAAAAGGCUUCCCAUCUUGCAACUUUAGAAAUUAAGCCAGUGAUUGGAAAUGCUCAAGACCCAAAUACAUGGAAAUCAGUAGCAGAGACAUCAGAUGUCAUCAUCGAGGCACUAGCAGAUUAUACCAAUUUAGAUACAGAGUUGGUAGUUCUCGAUGCAGUGACAGAGAUUGCAAAGAAGAAUCCAAACAUUACUCUAAUCUAUACCAAUGGUCUAUGGAGAUAUGGGUCGAUGGGAGCCAAGCCAAUCUCAGAGGGUGACAGUAUUGACUCGGCACCAGAACUAAUGAAACAACGUAACAAUAAUCAAAAGAGAUAUCAAGAGCUGGGAGGUAUUGUUAUCCUACCACCAACUGUCUAUGGUGGAUCAGGUGCUCAUACAGCUCACUAUUUCAGAUCCAUUGAAAAGGGAGAGAUUGAUAUUUAUGGUGGUCCAGAACAAUUGUCAACCUAUAUCCAUUACAUUGAUAUUGCUUCACUCUAUGUAUUGGCCAUUGAGAAUAGAACGUCUGUUAGAGGUCAAGAGUUUAUUGCAGCUGCCUACACUCACAAAGUGGUCGAUGUCGUCAAGACACUAUCCGAACAAAUAGGCAAGCCCGUCAAGAUCAAUUAUGUCAAACCUACCAACCCUUAUCAAGAGUGUAUUGGACUCAGCCAAAAUGGAUCAAAUCAAAAGGCUAGAUUACUUUUAGGUUGGCAACCAACUCAACCUUCAAUCUAUGACCAAGGUAAAAGAUACUUUGAUUCUUGGAAACAUCUUCCAAUCAAUUCAAAUUAUUUAUAUUAA